CUGCUUAUCAUUGAUGUUCUAUCUGACUCUCACCCUCGUCAUUCAGGGUAAAUAUACCAGUGCUAUUCGUUGAGACUUCGAACCAGGAUGGGGAGUCUACAGACUAAGGUGGAAGCAAAUCCGACUCAAGAUGAGUUAAUGAGAAGAGAGAAAAGGAUAAUGCAACAGAGGGAGAGACAAGACAGGGAAUCUCUAGGACGGCGAACUGCUGUGGAAGCAAAUCCGACCCAAGAUGAGUUAAUGAGAAGAGAGGAAGAGAUAGUGCAACAGAGGGCGAGGCAAGACAGGGAAUCUCUUGGACAGCGAACUGCUGGUAGCAGGGAAAAGACCCAACAGGAGUUAAUAGCCGAAGAAGAGGAGAUUCUGCGAGAGAGAGAAAGGAGCUGGAAAAAGUUUCAAGAGUGAAGCACAACCAGAAACAUGUGUGCUUGUGUAAUGCUAAUGUUCAUGAUAGCAAGUAUUAGUUAAUAAGAUAUCUUUAUACCUUGUUUAAGUAUGAUUGACAUGAUUUACUUUCAAACUUGAAAUUUCUCCUACUUUCUUGUGAGUAAAAUGGGCAAUGAUGCAAUUUGUAUUAAGAUUUCAGUUCAAAUUGACAAGGAUCCAAUUUCAAACAAAAAGAAAUAUCUUAUUUCUCAAGUGUGCAUACACACACACACACACACAACCAUUUCCUUUUUGCAUAUCACCUCCGCCUCGAUCAGCUCCCGAAGAAGGGCUGCAGCCUGAAGGUGUGGCUGAUGAAGAUAUGGACGAGGGUUGCUCAAUUGUCUAUUUAAGCUUGGCAGUGAUGGAGAAAAAAAAAAAAAAAAAAAAAAAAAAAAAAAAAAAAAAUUGUGCCUAAUUGUAAGUCUGAAAUUUAUUUCAAAUUAAAGAAAGUUAUUUCAAAGAUUAAUAAAUCAAAGCAGACAACACAACAAAACAUAUGUUCAGGGGUCUGUAACUUUUCAACGUAUAUUAUCUUCUUACUGUAGUAUAAGUACUUGUCUACUGUAUUUUUAAAAAAAGUUAUGAGUAACUGACAUGUGUAUUAUGAAAGGUAUACCUAUAUACAUAUCCAAAAACUCUUACUUUUGCUACACUCUGUUAUCAAGAACAGUAAAAAUAUUCUUAUCUAUUAAAUGUGAUUCUUGCAAGGGGCUUCAUAUCCAGUGCUAUCUUCCAGUAUCAUAAUAAAUUUUCCAAAUCACUUAGCGCAGCAUGGUUUAAACCCUUUUAGGUACCGCCUUUGAUAAUGAACAAUGGUAAUUUAACUAAGCAACAUCACUAAUAAAAGUGCAAUCUUACUAGCAGGAUCAAAUGCUAAUUAACAAUAAAUCAUACCAGAUUACAAUUCAACAAAGUAUUUGAUAUGCACACAAAGUAACCACACCAAGCUUCUUAGAAUCUAACUUUUUUACUGUAAGUAGGCUGUUCCGUAAUAUGUAUAGGAGAAUAAUAUUACUCAUAAACACACCAUUUCCUUUUUUUUAUUACUAACUACAUUAAAUGUCACAUGCAUGACUCUGAGAAAAAAUAUCACUAAUGCUAUUGAGUUGGUAUCCAAUGAAAAGAAGUAAAUAGGUAUAGCUUACAUUACUAAUGAUACAGUAAUAAUGGAAAUGGCAUAAGUGAUUAAUGCACACAUGUAUUUGGCUGAGGAAUGAAACUUAAUUAAAAGUUACAUGAAAUUAUAUUUUGUGAAUAAAUGAGCAGAAAAUUUAUAUAAGACAUUAAAUGUAUGUAUUUGUGUGUGUGUGUGUGUGUGUGUGUGUGUGUGUGUGUGUGUGUGUGUGUGUGUGUGUGUAUGUGUAUGUGUAUGUGUAUGUGUAUGUGUAUGUGUAUGGGUAUGGGUAUGUGUAUGGGUAUGGGUAUGGGUAUGGGUAUGCGUAUGCGUAUGCGUAUGCGUAUGCGUAUGCGUAUGCGUAUGCGUGCGUGCGUGCGUGUGUGUGUGUGUGAGUGUGAUAUGUAGACUACUAUUUUGGUAAUAACUCUGUAAGCACAGCCUAAGGAUCAAUAAAAAAUGCUUCCCAA